ACUGCUUCCAUAUAAUAUGGACAUAAGAACAAAUAUAUUUUUUAGUAAAACUGAAACCUUGUAUUGUGUAGUUGUAAACUUCAUGGAUAAGCUUUCAUUAACGAUAGGUUGUAUAAUAGGGAAUGGGUUUACAGCUGAACUGUGGUGUGUCAAGUGUGAACUAGUGUUUAUAGCUGAACUGUGGUGUACAAACUAGUGUUAUAGCUUUUUAGACCAGGUGGGUCCAACUUCUAUUGAAAAUUUGGGAACUCUUAAGACAAGCAAUGUCUUUAUGUGCUUUCGGUGUGUGUCUUGUUAGUUUUCUUCUGAUUUUACACUACAAUAUACAAUCCGUAUUUUACUUAAUUUGCCCAAUGGUUCAAAACAUUGUGCUAUAUAUAUUCAUUGCUCCACAACCAUUCAACACUCUACCAACUUUCCCUUCCUUAAUCCUUCUUCUAAGCUAAUUGCUUGCUAAUCCCUUUUAAUUUCUUAUAUAGCUAGUUUCCUAAUUAAAGUCAGAUCACCCUUUUCUUUACUCAGCGUCUUUGACCCCUAGCAAUUACCUCUUCUUCAUAUUCAAACUCCAGUGUACACUCUUCGCUAUUUUUUUCCAAUUUUAACCUUACUUUUGUGUUUAUUGUUUCUCUCUAGUUAGAUAUUAAGAAGGGAAAUUUCGUUGAUUUCGGUUUGAUCUUUUUGUAAUUAUGAGGUUUCUUUCCGACAAUGAUCUUAUUACAAAAAGAAUGCAAUCAACAUGAGUUUGCAACCCUUUCUUAAGAACAAUCAAGUGUCAAAAAGUUUAUAUUUCUGGAUAUUUCAAAUAUUAGUAGUUUUUGAUCGCUACAACUAUCUUGUAUUGCAAGCAACAAGUGUGAAUUAUGCAAAUGGGAAGUUCAUCUUUACCUCCAGGAUUUAGAUUCCAUCCAACAGAUCAGGAGCUCAUAGGCUAUUAUUUAAGUAGAAAGAUAGAAGGUCUUGAGAUCGAGCUUGAAGUCAUUCCUGUUAUCGAUUUAUACAAAUUCGAUCCUUGGGAGUUACCAGAUAAGUCUUUCCUUCCAAACAGAGAUAUGGAAUGGUUCUUUUUCUGUCCUAGGGACAAAAAGUAUCCAAACGGUUUCCGAACCAAUAGGGCUACAAAAGCCGGAUACUGGAAACCGACCGGUAAAGACCGGAAAAUCACCUGUAGAUCGUCGGGUGUUAUAACCGGAUACCGGAAAACACUAGUUUUCUACGAAGGUCGUGCCCCAUUGGGCGAGAGAACUAACUGGUUCAUGCAUGAAUAUCGUCUAAAUCAUGACGAUCUUUCUCAAAAAUCACCAAAAUUCAAGGGAGCUUUCGCAUUAUGUCGUGUAGUUAAGAAGAACCAACUUAAGACUAAAACCUUGAAAAAUAAAAAUGAACAAGCAGUUGGCUCCGGUUGCUCUAGCCUUGCGACUUCUCCCUGUCGAGAUGGAACGAUGCAGUUUCAAUCAUUCAGCCCGUCUUCUUCUACUACAAACAAAUCUUCUAGCAUGUGGAUAUCUCCUGAUUUCAUCCUUGAUUCCUCCAAGGAUUAUCCUCAAAUUCAGGAGAUUGCUUCUGAGUACUUUCCCAACUUUCAUUUUCCAGUCAAUGCAGCCAACCAUCACGUGGGACUUCGCGAGAGUUCUUCUUAUUUGAACGCUGAUCAGGACAUUGACCAAUCAAUGCAAACUGGUUACUGGCCAAAUUAUGAAUACGACCAAACGGGUUCAUUCGGUUACUCAAACCUUUUCUAGAUAGAAGGAAAUGUGUUGGUCUCUCUUCUGAACUAAAACGCCUUUUAACGUUGGAGUCCUGGAAGAAGAGUUGUCAUAAAAAAACAAAGCAGCAACUAGACAAGACAACAUAGAGUUGACUUCUAAAUCGUGUUCCUUUACAAAACCAGAAAAAAGAGUUGUCAUAUAGUUGGAGUCUCUUGCACUUUAUUCUUAGAAUAUAAUUAUAUUGGUUGCUUUUGAUUUUGUUUUUUUUGUUUUUAUAUUACUAAUGAGUAUAUUGUAUGCUCUGUAGGAUGACUAUUUAAACUUCCUAAUUUGUAAAACUUAGUAGGGGUUAUUGGUUGUUGUAUUUUAAUGGAUUUGAAAAUCCGAACUAAA